AUGGGUUGCUUGUGGAGGAAGAUCUUGUCUUUCUUCCUUGUUUUUGUGCCUAUAUAUCUACAUGGGGCUUCAUCGCAGGAAGCCGCCCCAGUGGGGCCCAGGAAACCGUUUUUCGAGAGGCUCCGUAGACUGGAGGAACAGUUCUGGAGAUUCCAGGAGGUGACUCGGACACACCUGCAGAGCAUCGCCAGCAACUACAACGUGUCCUACAACGUUGACGUCCGGUUCCAGAGCCUGGCAGAAGAGAGCCAAGCUGUGGCUCAGACAGUCAACCGGUCACAGGCCUCGGUGCAGGGGGAGCUGGCGCAGCUCAAGGCCUGGGUGAGGAAGAUGCAGCGCCGAAGCCGGAAAGUAGACAUGCGGUUGCAGGCCUUGGACCUCACCCUGGUCGAGAGAAGCCAGCAGCGGGCCCGGGAGAGGAAGGCGCACAAGGCCCAGAAGGACGCCCUGCGGGACUCACUGGCACACCUGGAGGGCCUCGUCCACAGCCAGGGCACCAGGCUGGCUGCUCUGGAGGGGCGGCUGCCCGUGGCCCACCCUGGCACUGCAGCCCUCAGGCCGGCCCUGGUCCUAACCCCAACCCAGCCUGAGGAGCUGGGCCCGAGCUCCCUGAAGCUUCAGAGGGACAGGCAGGAGCUCCGAGCUGCAUCUGAGCACAGGGGCCCCCCUCAGGACUCCUCGGCCCCUCUCCAAGGGAGGCGGGAGCCCCCAGCCUCAGGCAGCCAUCGGGUACUCAGUGGGACAGCCCCAAAAGACCCUCGGCAGCAGGCAUGGUCCCCCCAGGUACCAGGAGAGAUUUGCGGCGUGGGCCCCACUCUCCUUUUCCCAAACGCCUCCACCAAGAACGUGGUCUUCCUCAGCCCUGGCUUCGUCACUGCCCUGCGAGCCCUGUCCUUCUGCAGCUGGGUCCGCACGGCCUCCGGCCAUGUGGGCACCCUCCUGUCCUACGCCACCGAGGACAAUGACAACAAGCUGGUGCUGCACGGCCGAGACUCCCUGCUGCCCGGAUCCAUCCACUUUGUGAUCGGGGACCCAGCCUUCAGGGAGCUGCCCUUGCAGCCGCUGCUGGACGGCCAGUGGCACCACAUCUGUGUCAUCUGGACGUCCACCCAGGGCAGGUACUGGCUCCACGUGGAUCGCAGGCUGGUGGCCACCGGCUCCCGCUUCAGGGAGGGCUAUGAGAUCCCCCCCGGAGGGUCCCUCGUGCUGGAAGACAGCAUGGGGGGUGGAUUCGACAGCUCCGAGGCCUUCGUGGGGAGCAUGUCUGGCUUGGCUAUCUGGGAUCAGGCGCUGGUUCCUGGGGAAGUUGCAAACCUUGCCAUCGGGAAAGAGUUCCCAACAGUUGCCAUCCUGACGCUGGCCAAUGCUGCACUAGCAGGCGGAUUCAGGCAGAGGGCCAACUGCACCUGCCUGGAACGCUGUUCCUGAGGCCAAGCCACACAGAGGCUGAGGCCAGCAAGAGGAGCAUGCCCCCAUCCACUUUCCGCCACCGCCCCCCCGCCAGCACAUUCUACAAAGGCUACCCCCACCC